AUGCCUACCAAGCCUGUCGUCUUCACGUUACCGCCUAGAAAGCAAAGAGCGACUCAAUUUUUUCCUGUAGAUUUCAGCCCAGCAGGGGAAAAGCACCAGAUGACAGGGAAGAGACGGUCUGCAUCCGCACACAAUAGUUGGAUCCAGCAGGUUCAAGCUCAGGACCUGGCGAGCUUGAAGUUUCCUAUCCUAUCCAGCAGUAAUGAGAAGGUGGGUGAGAAGCCUGUUUUGCAGACCUUUGGUGUCCUAGCAGCUUCAAAGUUGAACCCGAUUGACGAGUUAGUGCAGUCGAUUGAGGAAUCUACACCGAUGCCAAGACCACAGCAUUCCUCCACUCCAGCCAAAGAUGUUCCAGAAGUUACACCUGCCGAGACGAAAGAGAUACAGCGCUUCUUUCAGGGUCUGGCAAAACCUCAUCUACCGAAAUUCGAUGGCAACAGAGACCGAUUCGAAGACUGGAGGGCGCAGUACGAGGUAUUUGUUGAACAAUCUCAGGUACCAGUAAAAUUCAAGAUGAUAAUGUUGAAAAAUGCCUUGUCGGGUCAUCCCCUUAGGUUAAUCAGCAACCUGGGGUAUACGGCAGCACAAUAUAAGAUGGCUAUUUUUAAACUUGACCAGCGCUAUGGGGGGGAAACUCGUACACUAAAGAAAUACUUAGAUCGCUUGCUAACUUGGAAGGAGGUGUCCGAGGGUGACUUGCGAGCCUUAGAAGAAUUGUCUAACCAGAUGUGCGAUGUAAUCUCCAAACUCGAUGACACUGACCAUGCCCGGGAGUUAAUUGGUAACACCGUCUUGUAUACUUUAGUGAAGCAAAAGGUUCCACACUCUCUCUUAGUGAAGUAUGCAGAGCAGCGCAGUACAAAUGCCCAGGAUGGUUUGGCUGUAUUCACGAAGUGGUUCAACCGGCAAGUUUGCUUGAUGUUGGAGAUGUCCGAGCUGCGUGCUCCUCGUACCAAGGAAAAAACUGCUGAACAGCCACACAGUAAAAGAAAGUCUGAGAGUAAUAAAAGCCAUUCUAAUGCCGUUUCAGCCACUGACUCUAAGAAGACAACUACUUCCCAGUCGAAGCCUGCCGAACAGAAGGAUGACAAGCGCCAGGGAACAGAGUUCGAAUGCCCGUUAUGCAAGGGCAGUCAUCAUGUGGUGAGAUGCCAGUUGUGGAAGCCAGCCUCCACCGAAGAGCGAUGGAAAAUAGCGAAGGAAAAAGCCUUAUGUUACAAGUGCCUGUGUGGGAAACACAUGGCGAAGAAUUGCACGAAGGAGCCCCGGAAGUGCGAGAUAGACGGAUGCCAGCGGACCCACCAUCGACAUCUGCACAAGAAAGAAACCAAGACAGAAGCUGCCAAGAAGAACACACCUGAGCCUGUUGGGUGUUUUGGAAUUGCUGGCAAUGGUCAGGUACGUCUGAAUAAAGUAUCAUUAAGAGUUUUACCUGUUCUUGUUGCAGAUGUUGAUGGUCAGAUGAGAAGAUUGAACGCCUUCCUCGAUGAUGGGUCCGACUCCUCCUACGUUCGUCGAUCCGUCCUGUCUGAGCUGGGGAUUUCCAGAAUUGAGGACCACACGAUCACCAUGUCAACUAUGACGACGACUGGUACAAAGGUCAAGAGUGGUACAGUAACCCUGUCGGUGGAGAGUUUGAAUGGCAACCUAAGGGUAAGACUGGGCUGUAGAAUUUUGGAUCGCCUAUGCGAGGGGGUGCGUCCUCAGAAUUGGGGCAUGAAUAAAAAUAGAUGGUCUCAUUUGGCAGAUAUUGACUUCCCGAGAAUUGAUGGUGCAGAGACUGUAGACAUAGUAAUAGGAUCCGAUCAUCCCGAGCUGACGAUGUCUUUAGAGGAGGUCGCAGGACAGCCAGGAGAGCCGGUAGCACGUCUUACUCCCCUUGGUUGGACUUGCACUGGGAUGCUAGGGACGUCUUCCCAGGACCAGGAUGAGAUAGGUGGAUAUGCAGCCACUUGUUCAGUUAUGUCAGAUAUUCACUUAGAUAGCUGUUUACGUGCGUUAUGGAACCAAGAUUUGAUGACCGAUGGUAAAGAGACAGAGUUUACACCCGAAGAGCAGAAGAUUAUAGAUGGUGUUGAAGCUUCAAAGGUGUACCACAGGGAGCAGGGAUGUUACGAGGUUUCCAUCCCAUGGAUAGAUGGCAGUCCGGAACUUCCAUGUAACUACGAGAUCGCCCGUCGCCGCCUGGUGUCCUUGGAGAGAACCUUGAUGAAGAAACCGAAACUGGCGGAGAAGUACAAAGACGGGAUGAAGCAAAACAUCGAGAAGGGAUACCUGAAAAAGGUGCCAGAUGCAGACAUUGCUACUGGGUGGUAUCUUCCGCACUUUCCGGUGGUUCGGGAGGACAAGGAGACUACGAAGGUGAGGAUAGUGUUUGAUUCUGCAGCCCAGUAUCAAGGAGUCUCCUUGAAUGAUAAGAUGCAUGCUGGUCCCAAGCUUCAAAGAGAAAUCUUCGACAUCUUGGUGAGAUUUCGCGUGGGUCAAGUUGGUCUGGCUGGAGACAUCAAGGAGAUGUUCUCCCAAGUUUUGCUGUCUGAGAGAGAUCGCAAAUUUCACAGAAUCUUAUGGAGAGAUCUAAAUGUCUCACAAGCCGUUGAAGUUUAUGAGUCGACCAGACUAACUUUUGGGGAUAAAGCGUCUCCUUUUCUUGCCAUGCAUGUCUUGCAGACUCACGCCAGAGAUCACCAGGAUGUGUGCCCAGCUGUUGCCUUUGUGUGCCUGUACUGCACAUAUAUGGAUGAUGCGAUUACCUCGAUUGAUGGGACUUGGGAGGCCAAACAGCUACGGAAAGAUUUGGCUGCCAUUUUGAUUAAGGCCGGAUACUACAUUCGGAGAUGGUGCAGUAACGUCCUACUGGCAUUGGAGGGAGUACCUGCCGAAGAUAGAGCUAGUGGACAGUUGGAGGUGAGCGAUUCCACUUUACCAAGCAUCAAGGCGUUGGGGAUCAGGUGGGAUGCCGAGCCUGACUGUUUUGGGUUUGCUGCCCAGAAGAUUGUCGUCCCAGAGGUCGUUACCAAGAGGUCGCUGUUGAGUCGCAUUGCUACACUGUUCGAUCCCUUACAGUGGUUGGCACCUUUCACCAUCCGUGUAAAGAUGAUGUUACAGCAGUCCUGGGUUUUGGGAUUGGGCUGGGAUGAACCUAUGCCUGAGGCCCUGGUGAUAGAAGCAACAGAAUGGUUCGAGGAGUUACCGAGGAUAGAACAGCUAGUCAUCCCAAGGCGAUACUUUACCCAGCCAUCAAAUGAGGGAGUUGUUACCAUUCACACUUUUUCCGAUGCCAGUUCGAAAGCAUAUGCCGCCGUGAGUUAUGCCCGUUAUGUCUCAGCUGGCGGAGAGAUAGAGCUGUCAUUGGUCGCAGCAAAAGCCAGAGUCGCGCCCUUGAGAGCAGUGAGUAUUCCGCGACUUGAAUUGAUGGGAGCCGUGCUAGGCUAUAGACUCACGCUGAAGAUUACUACCUUGCUGAAGUGUCCAAUAGAAAAGGCAACAUUUUGGACCGACUCACUAGAUGUGGUUCAUUGGGUACGGAAUCAGUCGAGGCGAUUUAAGCCGUUUGUGGCCAAUCGUAUUGCUGAGUUGCAAACUGAAUCUAAUCCUCACCAAUGGCGUUUUGUUCCAGGCAAAGAGAAUCCUGCAGAUGUAGCCACGAGAGGGAUGUCGGUGGAGGAUCUGACCAGUCCGAAUGUAUGGUUCCAGGGCCCGGAAUUCUUACAUAAGGAAGAGAGCCAGUGGCCGACGUGGAAGACUCUGAUCAACCCUACAGACCAAGCUGUAAUCGAGUCUUCCAAGUCGUGUGUGCAGACAAAUGCCAUGGUUGCAGUUUCAACACCAGAACUUCUCGAAAGAAUGAACUACACCAAGUACUCCACAUGGAAUCGAUUGGUACGUGUGAUGGCUUGGAUUAUAAGGUUUGUCCACAUUGUUAGAGGAGGACCUCAGCAGAGGGUGAAUCGACAGGAACCUGACAAGAAUGGGUGCAAUUCCAGCGAGUUAGAUGGGUCUGAUCGACAGUAUGAUGGUCAUAUAAGAACAGCGACAGUCUUGUCCAGAGGAAAAACGUAUCGACGUCCUAUCACGCGCCUUGUUCCGUUGAUUGCAGCCGAUGGUGAGACGACUACCGAAAAAGCAGACAAGAAGUAG